AUGAACAAUUCACAACUGGCAUGCCAGCCUGAAGCUGGAGCUCCCGCAGAUUUGACCGACUUUUUCCAACGCGAAAAGGACAUAUCGAUGGUGCACUUCCACUGGGUUGACAUGUCAGGAAGGUUGCUGGCGCGUGUCGUCCCAAAAUCCCGAUGUCAAACACUCGCAGCAGCUGGGCAGCCUACCACAGGUACAGCAUAUGGUAUCCUAGGUUUCAUGAGCUGCUUAGAUCUGCCCGAUAAUUGUAUGCCAGGAAGUCGGACUGCUCUGUAUCCGGACUGGAGCUCACUUUGCCGUCUUCGAGAAGGGCAUGCGUCCGUGCUCUGCAAUAUCUCAGAAGAGAACAACGCAUAUGGUGACGUCGAUGGCAGUAUAUUCGAUCGAUGCCCUCGGUACUCACUGUCAGGUCUGGUGAAGCGCAUCAGGGAGGACCAUUGUUUGAGUAUGUUAGUAGGGAUUGAGAUCGAGUUCUACCUGGUGCCGCAACCACACCACGACGAGAUGCCGCAUUUGACUUCGGCACCAUUGUACAAUCGCAACAGCGUGGCUUGUAGCAUUCGAGGGAAGAAUGAGGCAGUGCUUUGCGAAAGUGCUCAACAACUCGAACGGUGUGGGAUAGCGAUUGAGCACUAUCACGCAGAGUCAGGCCCUCAACAAUUUGAGAUUGCCCUUGGUCCGAUGGAAGUCGUCAAGGCUGCAGACUCAUAUGUUCGUGCGAAAGAGAUCGUUGCCAACGUCGCCGAAGCACACGGCAUGAAGGCUAUCUUUUUGCCUCGGCCUUUUGAAGAGGCUGAUACUUGCGGUCUGCAUGUUCACAUGUCAUUUGAAUCCACGUCAACGGAAGACGAUGCAACGGCUCAGGAAGGCAAGGUUCAACAUUUUCUUGCAGGUGUUCUUGGGCGACUUUCACGACUGUGUGCUUACGCGAUGCCAACAGAGGAAAGCUACUCGCGACUUCAUCUGAUGACCUUAGGACAAUGGGUAUGUUGGGGCACUGAGAACAGAGAUGCUCCAGUUCGUCGCAUCAAUAGCAACCACUGGGAGUUCCGCGCUAUAGACUGUACAGCCAAUAUUUUCCUGGUGCUCGCAACUUACAUUGGAGCCGGCAUACUUGGUAUCCAGCGCCAAGAGCCGCUGCAAUGGCUGGACAGUACUAACUACCACUUUCGCUAUACAGACGAGACGAGGAAAAGCUUGGGCAUCACCGAGAUGCUUCCUGCAAGCCAGGCUGAGGCAGCCACGCUAUUCAACAUGGACACCAUGGGUUUCGAAACUGUCAUAAGUCCUCGACUGCUCGACCUGCAUCAAAGAGUCAAGGCGAUGGAAGAGAAGACAUUUCGGGAGUUGGGUGAGCACGGUCGUGUGAAAACAUUCCUAGACGUGUAUUGA